UCUGGAACGGUCCCGCGCGAGGUCCUCCGGGAUCUGCCCGCGCGCCGCGGUCUCCCCUCCGCCAUGUCACCGUGCUUGCGACCGCUCGUGCAAAUUUGAAUCCACCGAGCGCAGCACCACGCACGACGCCAUCCGUGUCGACGACAAGCGCGUCAAGCCACGCCACGCCUGCCUGCGGCGUCCGUCCGUCGCCACCGCUUCGGCCAGCGUCCACGCCCGCUGCAUGCGGCAGUUGCGUCUUCUGCUGCGGCGGCGGCGGCGGCGUCUGCACGACGAACGCCUUUCUGGAUCGCACUGCGCCGAUCACAGUGCAACGUUGCUCGCUGCAGACGGACGAGUCGACGCUGGUCCGCUUACAAGUCGCCGUUGCGCGUUCAGCCAGAGUGGCGCCGUGGGACAUUGGAUAUGUCUCCGCUCCUUGAGACGAGACCUCGACGCUCGCCGUGACUGCGGCGAGUAGCAAAACGCGCGGGAUCGGAGGUUGCGGUGCGCCGCCAAAUCGAGUGCCCCGUGGUGAGCUAGCACAUAAGAGUGCGGCGUGCCCGGUGUUUCCUUCUGCGGCACUGAUUAUGCGGGACACGCGGCCAGAGCGACGACGCCGAGUGUUGACCGACAGUUCUUCGCCUCGACGUUCGGCGUCCGAGUGCAUGCAUGGGAGCCACUAGCGAAGAAGACGCUUACGGCGAAGGAAUGCAGCAACAGCAGCACGCUGGUCGUCCGUCCGGCCGGCUGUCCAACGUUCCCCGCAAGCUGUGGAGGUCGCGAGCCAAGUCCCAGUCCAGGGUGUCCACGCUCAGCAUCUGCAGCUGGACCCCCGAGGGUUGCUGCCGGUGGCGUUCCCGGACCGGGGGCCGACUGACGCUCCGGCCGACGACGCUCGUGGCGCUCACCGAGGCGGAGGCCAUGGGCUUCCGGCCGCUGGCUGUAAAUAGGCUGCAAAGCAUCGGCAUCGGCUGCAAAGUAGACAUACCCAGAGAGGACAGCACGGAGGCCUCGGCGAAACUUCGGAGACGGCCCGCCCUACUUCGCAAGAAGGCCAUUACCACGAGCUUUUUCGAAAGUCGCAAAGAAAGUGCAGACAUUCCGUGUGGCCAGGUGUUCGGCGUGGGGCUGCAGCAGGUGGUGCAGAGCGACCGGCAGCGGUUCCCGGACUCGACGCUGGCCCAGCCGGCUCCCUGGUCGCCGUGGGACCUGGGGCCGGACGUGGCCGCGGCGGACGCCCUGUCGCGCCGCUCGGACAACGCCAGCGAGAGCUCGCUGUCCUCGCUCGCCGACUUCUCCACCGAGGACUCCAGGAAGGAUUCGGUGGAGUCUCUACGGCACCGCAGCUCGACCACGGAUCCCGGCGACGACGACUGUCUCGCCGUGCACGGGCCUCAGGUGCCGCGCGUCAUCAACUGCUGCCUGCACUACCUCGAGAACUACGGUCUCAACACCGUGGGCAUAUUUAGGGUCAGCGGCUCCAAGCGGAGAGUGCGCCAGCUGCGCGAGGAGUUCGACAGCGGCCGCGAGGUUCACCUGGACCAGGAGCGACCACAGCCGCACGACGUGGCGCAGCUGCUCAAGGAGUAUCUGCGAGACCUGCCGCAGCCUCUCCUGACCAGAGACCUGUACCAGCCCUUUUUGUACACUCAGCGUGUUCGGGAGCGCAGCAAGCAGCUGGACAUCCUGCGGCAGUUGGUGCGGCUCCUACCCACGCACAGCAGAGACACCCUGUGGGCCCUGCUCAAGUUCCUAAGCACCGUGGCCGAGCACGCGGUCGACAAGAAGUCUUCUACAGGGCAACCCCUUCCGGGAAACAAGAUGGACGCCCACAAUCUGGCCACCAUGCUGGGACCGAACAUUCUGCGCUUCAGCAAGACCUCCGAGAAGGACAAGUUCAUCGUGGAGAACCUCGAGAGGGCCGAAGAACGCUGCGAGGUCAUCCUCGUGGUGCGGCAGCUGAUCGAGAACUACGAGGAACUGUUUCGGGUCUCGGCUGAAGACUUGGACAGUCUUUACAAAAGACUACUCGUCGAGAGCCCCGAGGACCUCGAAAUUCUCCUCAGGAGGCGCUACUACAGCGCACCUGGAUCUCAAGAUGAUGACGGCAGCGACCAAGUCUUCGACGGCGCCAACGCGGAGGACGACGAAGAGGAACCGGAAGAUGAACAACUGCGGACAGUGCUCAUGCGACCCGUCACCACGACGACGACGACGACGCAUCGGGGCCGGGAACGUCGCUCCACUGCACCGACGCAGCAGAAGGACGACUCGGUUCCUUACAUAUUGAUCACGCCCGAGGCACGCGGGGCCAGCGAGCGGCGGCGGGCUCCCGCGACGUCGUCCAAGGGCUGCGGUCCAGACGGCGGCGACGACGGCGGCGACGACGCUGACGAAGGUGGUGGCGACGUCGAGGUGUCCUUCACGCUCAAAAUGCCCUCGGCGCCCAACGUGGUUGCGUACCUCGCCGACGCCACGUCGGAGUCGACCGUGGCGGUGGACCGAUCGUCGGCGAGGCCCCUGAGGAAGUCGACGCGGGAAGCAUCGCCUCCGUCCACGACGACCGAGGAGGAGGUGACCUUGACCAUCGAGGCGGCGCCGACGCCGACAGCUCGCAAGUCCAAGGGAUCUUCGCGCCGGUUCCUGAGCAGCAAGGAGAAGGAGGAGAAGACGUUCAAGAUCAACAAGAGCAAGUCAGCGUCGUCCAUACUGAGCUUCUUCGGCGCUUCGUCGGAAUCGCGGCGCGACUCGGGCGACGCGGCGUCCCAGCCGCCGUCGCGGCCCGUGCCACGCAGGGACAGUCGCGAGGUGCGCUUCCAGACCGAGAAGUGGCGGCGCUGCGAGAUCAUCUCGUCCGAGCACACGGACAAGCGGCACAAGUAGUGAGCGCGCGAUAUCCCACAGACGCUGUGUCCACACCUCCGCACACUUCUCUCGUCAUCGGCCAGCUGCCUCUGCUGAGCGUGGGACCCCAGUCGACAGAAUGCCGUUUUCGACAUUAUUUUUCUGUCUUUUCUUUUUUUUAAUCACCCUGGAAAGAAAAAAAUGACGGUGGCG